GUAUUGAUUCCUAAUGUGUAAGGAUUCAAUCUCGACAAUGGUGGAUAUAUGGCCAGUGAUACUUGGAAUCCUAAAAGCUAUUUCGUUGCUAACAAUUGUUAUGAAUGUUUUGGUUGCAACUGCGGUAUUGACAACUAAAAGGCUUCAAACAGUAACUAACAUUUACUUUGUAUCAUUAUCAGGCGCGGACAUUUUGGUCGGAUGCGUUGUCAUGGGAGCGAUGAAUGUUUACACCAUAUAUGGCUAUUGGCCCCUUGGCAGUACCGCCUGUACCAUUUGGAUCUUUUUUGAUUUCUGUUGUUGCACCGUGUCUAUGUUGCACCUUGAUGUCAUCGCUUUCCAGCGUUUCAAAGCCAUCAACAGCCCUUUGAAA